AUGUUGCCAAACCGUCUACUCAACCACCGAAAAAAAGUAGCAAGAAUAAGAACAAGAAGAAGGAACGCAAAGACAAGAAAUGUAUGGCUCCCUCUUCUCCUCUCUUCCUUCUCGUACUUGACUGACCAAUACUUUUCUGUUUCCGUAGUCGUUUCCCCGUCAGAGCGAAGGCGAUUGCAGCGGAUAGCAGAGAAGAACGCAGAUACCACCUGUUUUAGCUGUCGUGAAAAAGGCCACUGCGCCAGAGACUGUCCGAAGAAUGGGCUUGCAAAGGAAGGCGAAGACGGGGGCGGAGGGUCGAAACAACUUGGAAUAUGUUACCGAUGUGGUUCUACACGACACACUCUAUCACGAUGUAAAAAGCCUGAGGAUCCAUUAAAUCCAUUACCCCAUGCAUCCUGUUUCGUCUGCAACAGCAAAGGUCAUCUCGCUUCCACGUGUCCUCAGAACAAAUCAAAAGGUAUCUACCCAAAUGGUGGUUCUUGUAAACUAUGUGGGGACAUCACACACCUCGCGAGGGAUUGUGCUAUUCGCCAGAAAGAUACAGGUUCCCUUGCAGCAGUUUUAGGUGUGGUAGAUGAGAAAGACCUAGGAGCGGACGAAGAUGAUUUCCAUACUAUCGGACGAACAAGGCAGCAAUUGGAUCGUCUUGAUAAACACACGGAGAAGCUCCAACGAUCAAUGGGAGUGAAAGUCGCUGCUCAGUCUGGUACUAUCAUUCAGCCUUUCGGAAAAUUGCCAGCUCCCGUCAAUAAAGUCGUAAUUUUCUAA